UCCAUCACCCUUGGACCUUGCUCUGUGCUGUGAAAUGUGUGGUAAAUAGCUCCUGGUUAUCUGGCACCUGGGAGAAGACGGUAUUCCAGCCUCACACGUGACACGGCAGAGCCUGGGGCUGAUGAGAAAGACUGUGGCCAUAGGUUCCGUGUGGCGCUCAGACCCGACAUGCUGUCUGCACGGUUGCCUCGAGCCCACCCCGCGGAUGCUCACACUCUCGGUCACUCACACACCAGUUUGUUUUCUAGCUCUUCUACUAAAUACUGAAGAAGUGAACACUUAGCUUCCUGUUCCUGCCCCAUGCCUGCCUGAUGUUGUCAAGUCUCCCUACCCUGACGGAAUUCCAUCGCUCUGGAACUGUCUGGAAAAGAGGGAAACGGCCUUGCGAGGGUGGGCAAGCUCUGUAGAGCUGGAAGACGCCAGAGUCUCCACGAGGAUGACGAGCCAGGCUUAAGCUCCGAGGUCCAGGGGAUUAAGGAUGCUUUCUCCCGCCUCCCGGGUCCUCCGGCUGCCUAGAGAGACCAGCAGGUGAUUGGCCGGGCGGCUUGAUGUCGCAUUUCCGGGCUCCAUCUUUAAAACCCAAGGGUGCAGCUGGGGGAGAUCAGUCCGUGUGGUGUCGUCCACGUCCACGUGCUCAGGGUGGCGGCCUAAACCUCGGACUAGAAGAAUUUAUGAUGGAAAAUAUCUCUGUACAACCAGAGCCUAAGAUUUUUGAAGACAUGGCUGUGUACUUCACAGAGCAGGAGCUGGCCAGCUUGACACUUGACCAGAAGGCUGUGUACAAGGAUGUGGUGCUUGAGAACUUCACACACAUGGCUUUACUGGGUUACCUCGCAAAAGUAAGACAAUAUGUUCAAAUGACCGCCGAAGCAGAGUCAUCCAGGGUGAAGGCCUUUCUCUGAGUCAGCUGUGCUGGAAGACGGGUAAAGGAGGCGAGGUCAGAGCCAUGGCACUGCUGCCAAGUGAAGUGUUUUCUGUAGCCAGGCGUAUUUCCAGCCAAGUAGAUACAUUAUUGCUCUUAGUUCAUUAAAGUUGUGCAUUAUAAUGUACAAAGCAGACACUUGAGUCCUCUUUAAACAGCUUGAUGAAGAUAGAAUUCACAAACCAUACACUUACUUAAAGUGAAACAAAAAAUAUUUUUUCAGCAGGCAAAGAAAGAUUAUACGGGGGUAGAAACGGGCUUUCAGGAUUAGUCAGCGAGCUGCAGAAUGUGACAUCUAGCUCAUUUCAAGUUUGGGCUGGAGUCCAGAGAAAAAGAAGUUCCUUUGACCAAAUGGUGUGAAUACUGACACAGAAUUCCACAAAUUGAUCUUAAGACUCUGAAGCUAAGCUUUUCCAGAGGAAUACUCAGAAUUGAAGGUAGCACUGGAUGCUACGGUCUCUUAACAAAGUUUGGAUUAACUGAGAAGUCAAGGGCUGUGACAAAAUUCUGAGCUAGCCCUCGUCUCCUUCUGUGUGUUCUUUAUAAAGUAUUAUUCUGCAGAAUCCGUUUGACUGGCUGCUGUUGUUCAGAGUGUCGUAUCCCCAAGUCCAGCUCUGCUCCUUCCCUCCGGUUCUGACACAGUUGGGAGUUAGGUGUAGUUAUAUCUCUUUCCCAGCUUACUUGGUAAGUUGAGGCAGGAGGAUUAUUUGAACUCACUUGUUUAAGACCAGUCUAGACAAUGUAACCACCCCCACACCCUUGGUCAAAAAAAGCCCCCCCCCCCACCAAAAAAAAACCAAAAUAAAACAAAACAAAAAAAACUUUUGAACUAAGUUUAAAAUUUAAAAAAAAGCAGAACAAAAAGUUAAAAUCACAGGACAGUGAAGUACCACCCAAUGCCGUGGACACCGGGAGCUGUACACCCUUGGGCCUAAGGGUGGACACCACUACAAAGAAAUAUGUGAAGGAAAGCAGGCAAGUUAUUAAAACAGCCCACUCUUGAGAGGGGGACUGGAGAGGUGGUGGCAGUGGCAGGAAUUGCCCCCUGGGCAUUGGGGGAUGUGGCAGUUCCAGUUUCCUGCCCUCAUGGAGCUUGGAGUUGCUGAAGACAUUCAGACAGGCAGUAGCGAUAAGCAGGGUUGACUCAGUGCCAAAAAAGACUGACUUGAGUGAGAUUCGGCUUUCAGCACUUCUUACUGGACGCCUGUGCAUGAGAGACACUGGAGAGGCUGGCGCAGGCAGGGUGGGCACCACUGUGAUCAAAAGCAUGGUGGAGAGAAGGCAGAGAAAGAAAUGGAUCCGUUGGAGCCCAUGAAGAGAGGAUGAACAGGCAAAAUGCGAGAGUGGAGAGAAGCAGCCUGAUGUGAGCAGCCAGCGCUACCUGAGGCCGUGGAAAUGGCUGGGCCUGUGCUGCCUCAAGGGCCAUGUUUGUUUGGGUCCCUGCCCUGCAGUAGCAAGGGCCUGGGUCAAUGUCUGGGACCAUCAUAGCUUCAUACCUACUCUGGGUUGCCAUCCAGGGCCAUGUUGAUGUCCAAGGACUACACAGGGUUGCCCCUUGGCCCCCAGCAUGCCUGGGCAUCGUGGAAGAGCUGGUCCUACCCCUUGUUGACUGCAGCACUCGGGAGAGAUGCCCUGCACCUUGCCUGGGCAGCAUGGUAGUGCUGGCCCUGGUGGUGUGGGCACAGAAGAGCUGACCCCACCCCAGCCCAUGGGAGAGCUGGCCUUGGUGGUAUGAAUGCAGGAGAACUGGCUGAUGACCAACUCAACAACCACCCAGGCCCAGAUCGAGGGCUUUGAGUUGAUCCACCCCAACUCUACCCAUCUAAGAACUGCUGGAUCAUGUGAAGGGGCCUGCCCUACAGAACUGAGGCUGCAGGAUCUCCACGACACAGGGAAGCAACAGGAUAUCUGAGAGGAGUCUCAGUGAGGAUCCAAUAUUGAUGGUGUAGUGGAAACCAGAAACGACUCAGUGGAACGAAUGAACAUUUGCAAGCAAAGCCGUUUGGGCAAAACCAAGACACCACGGUUUCCACGGCGACAAUUCUUUUUCAUCUUUUAUUUUUCAUUGUUCAUUGCAGAGGAGAUCGCAAGAGUAGAGGACAGAUAGAGAGGGGUGGGGAGAUGAGUGGCA